UGGCGCUAGGCGUUUUCUUCUUCCGUCAGUCUCAUUCGCUGCCUAGUUUUUCUUUUUGCAUUCGGUGUACUUUAUUAGUCUGUUUAAAUUUAUUCUUGUAAUGGCUGCCACGCUAAAUGUCUAGCUUAUUGGUUAUGUCAUGUACAUAGAAUCGGAGUCCGGAUGUGCAAUUCGUAUAAUUCAACAAGUGUGUGGAACAAUGGUCGCGUGAAUGCUUCUUAGUAUCAUUCUCCCUGGAACGUUUCCUCUUUCAUGUUUCCUUUUUUGGCAAUUAAGUUAUGGACUCGGCGUUUGUGUUCUGUAUGCAGUAAAAACACAAUCUAUGCCCCGUGAAAAGUGCUCACAUGGACCAUAUUGAGUGUUAAGUGGUUUGUCGAGAGUCAAAAUGACGGAUAAUAGGUCUUCGUCAGCGUUGUUCAAGAGAGCGGAGCAGUUGAAGAGAUGGGAAGAAUCGGACACGAACAAGCAGUCCCCAACGCCGCGGCGGGCUUCAAGGAUUCAGUUCUCGUCGGGGAUCGUGUUUUUGGCUGCCUGUACGGCUGGCGACAAAGAUGAAGUGCAACGACUGUUGAAAAGAGGCGCCGACAUUAACACCGCCAAUGUGGAUGGCCUCACCGCUCUUCAUCAGGCUUGCAUUGACGACAACCUGGAUAUGGUGGAGUUCCUGGUGACGCACGGUGCUGACGUCAACCGCGGAGACAACGAAGGCUGGACCCCUCUGCACGCCACCGCUUCGUGUGGCUUCGUCAGCAUAGCUAGAUACCUGUUAGAGAACGGCGCAGACGUUGCAGCUGUCAACUACGAUGGCGAACUGCCCGUGGACAUCGCCGAGAGCGAUGCCAUGGGCGAUAUGCUGCAGAAAAUCAUUGAUGAGAAGGGUGUGGACUGUGAGAAGUCCCGCAACGCCGAAGUGGACACGCUACUGAGCGAUGCUCGCAACUGGGCAGCUAAUGGGUACGUGGAGGUACGGGACAUGAAUGGAGGCACCCCGCUCCACGUCGCGGCAGCUAAGGGAUAUAUUGACGUGGCCAAAACCCUGCUUGAAGAAUGCAGUGCCGACCCAGACUGUGUGGACUACGAGGGCUGGACGCCUCUCCACGCGGCCGCUCUCUGGGGACAGAAGGAAGCCGCUGCCUUGCUGCUCAAGUUUGGCGCCGACCCACAUAUCAAGAACUAUUCUGGCCAAACCUGCUUGGAUCUCGUCGACCCCGGCAUGUCCUCAUGGCUCACCGAAGCUAUGAAUGCGCAACGCCGUAUGAACAACAAUAAUAACAAACGCAAGCGCAGCCCGCCGCAGCACGACUCUAAGCGGGUUGACAUCGAGAUCACGCCGCAACAACCAGAGAAAGUUGUCAACGGUAAGACAGACAAGCCGCCGGCUUCCCCGGAGAUCAUAAAGACCGAGGGCAAACCGCCGCGCGGUAGGCCGCCGUCGCCCGAUACUACUGAGACGGAAUCAUCGCCUGAGGACGCGCCUUCUUGGCGCCGGUCCGCCUCCUUCCGUAACCGGCAACCAGACCCGCCCAGGGACAACAACAAGGCAGCGAACAACGCAGUUGACAACGACACAAUACUCAGGAGGACACACAGCUUUGAAAACGACAAGAGCUUCUACCAACGGUAUCGUGACGUCACCGCUCGUAUUAAGGCGUCGUCCUGUCCGUCGAUUCCCCCGGCGCAGCCAGCAGCGGAGAGGAAAAAACCUCAAGAGCACACUAACAAUGCGACAGAGAGUACUAACGACGAUAUAGAAACAAGAAUAAACCCAACGGACAGACGGGAGCGGGAGGUUAAUACUUGGAGCGGAGCCACCACCACCACGCCGAGUGCCAGCCCCACUAACACGACGACUACGACCACAGUUCGAAGUUCGUCGGAGAGCGUAGAGUCAAACAGUAGCAAUUCAACACCAAGCUCUGCCACGCCGACCAAACUGUCGCCCGGGAACAUUUUCAAGAACUUCUUCAAGUCGUUUGUGCCCCCCGUUCGGGAUGAGGAGAGUGAAACUCAAAGGAAAGCUCACGCGAAACGCGUGCGUGAAACGCGACGUUCUACACAGGGCGUCACACUUGACGAGAUCAAGUCAGCCGAGCAGCUUGUCAAGAAGAAGGCUGGUAAUGGUACCACAGAGAGCCCUCCGCCUGUCACUAUCAAGAAGGAGGAACCCUCUCCCGUCGCCUCACCCGCACCUGACAACGGCUCGGCGCGCGCGUCUGUUCCGGGCGGCGACGUGGCCGUGUCACUCGCGCUGGCGUGCGCGUCCGCGACGGCCACCGCCACCAUAGCCGCCAACAGCGAGCGCCGUCCCUCGUGGCGGCUCAGGCUCGACCCCACUAAUAAGUUUGAGCUAGAAGACGCUGGUCGGUCGUCGCCGCGGUCGACCGCCGCAGCCGAGGCGACCGUCACGCUCCCCUUCCGCCGUCCUCCUACUGGCUCUACGGCCAAUACCACCGCCAAUACCACCACCGUAAUAAAAGAUGAAAAUAGAACAUCAACAGAUACGGCCGGCGAAGAAGAGAAAGAGCGCGAAAGCAGUACGGAGAGCAAGUCAUCGAGCAAUGCCUCUCCGGCGAGCACGCAGGCCGCGCUCAACGUCAUCCAGCGUCGACGCCGGCCUAAGCGACGCUCCACAGGCGUCGGACACGUCGAUAUGGACGACAUCGUGAAUGACCGCGGCGGAGGUGGCGAGGGCUGUGAAGCCGACAACGAAGCGCCAGCGUCUGGUAGCGAACGCACAGAAGAAGGCGAGGAGAAAGAUUACAAAGCGCUGUAUGAGGCGUCCCAGAGCGAAGUGCGUCGCCUGCGCGCGCUACUCGCAACCUCCGAGCAACAGUUGCGCGAGGCUCGCGCCACUAUCACAAGGCUCACUCAAGUGAACCAAAAUUCGUUGUCUGAGAUCGAGAAACGAGAAAAGAGGGCAAUGGAGAGGAAACUAUCAGAAAUGGAAGAGGAAUUAAAGCAAUUGCAAAAACUAAAAGCCGAGAACGAAAGGCUGAGGGCUGAGAACCGUGCUCUUACGCGGGUCGUGAGCAAAUUGACCAACUCUGCCGCCAAAUAGUAUCAACAAACGCUCCAAGCUGAAAACCAGCGGCUGAAGGAUGAGAACGGAGCCCUAAUCCGGGUGAUCAGCAAACUGUCCAAGUAAAGUGGGCGCCGCCUCGCGUUCACUACAAACUCCUGAACGCCAAACAUUGGUCGGCGCCGCGCCUGCAAACGAUAUGCUCUUUAGUCUGUUAUUUCAAAGGUUUAUUCAUAUAUUUCGUGUUAUUUAUUCAAUGUUGAUAGGCAGUUUCUAUACAAAUACUUACUAUAAUAGUUAUAUUAUUCGUUUGGGUUUAUGUACAGUAAAGCCGCCUAUAUUCUGCCACUUUCGAAAUUGACAUUUCAUUAAUGAAAUUAUUUACUUUGUUUCACGGACAGUUACUUUGACAUGAAUUAUGACAUUCACAUGAAUUAUUUGUUGACUGUCUCAAUUUAAUUAUAAGUUUGAUAUUCUUUAGGCCGACGGCCUUACCAAUAACGGAUUAUCGAGUUAUAGCAUCACAUAUUGAAGAAAAUGACUGCAGUACAAAAUCUGUAUAUUAUGCUUUUAUAUUUUUAUAGCAGUCCUUCAUCAUAAUUUUUUUGUGAUUGAAUUGUGUUUUCCAAUACCGAAACCCGCAUUGUUCCUUUCGUUGACAUUUGACACAUGUUCUACACAUAUCUUACUUCAACUCCAGGUUGCUUUGCAACAUACGACGAUAAACCAUCUCAGGUAUAAUAUUAUUUUUUUUUUUUUUGGAAUUGAAACUAAAAGUGACAGUAAUAUUUUUCAUGACUUUGGGACAUGAGUUAGGUGACUUAUGAAAUUUAUUUAUCUGAAGAAUAUGUGUAGGUACAUUAUAACAUGGCCUACUACUAGAUGGUUUUCAAUCAAUUUUGUAUCGAUGCACUUUCGUGACAGUAAUGAUGUUUAAUGUAAUAACUGUGUUACGUCAAAUUAUUCAUCGUCAUUGAUUAAUUCUGCAUUAUCUUUGGUUCAACAAUAUUUGGAUCACCUAACUGCCUGAAUCAUAUCUAUGAAUGAUAGAAUCUUGCGAUGUCUCCUAAGAUACUUCUCGUUGUUGGUGUGAUCUUGCAAGAGGGGAAAUGGUCCAAUCAAACGCAGUUACCAAAACAUGAUAAAUAUAUAACUUUCAGUAUAAAAUUCCUCAUUAAACUAGCUCACCCACAUUGCACAACUAUUCCGUAAUAUGUAAAAAUUAUUUAUUUGCUUCCAUAAGAUUAGAGGUGAAGAAAUGUUAAUAUAUUUUAACAAAAAUCAACGAUCACUACGGCAACUUUGCGAGGCUACAAGAUUCUCUCCUUAACGCUACUAAGGCUGUAUUGAUCUACUAUCAUCACAAUAUUGAAGCUGCUCUGCAAUCUGGUUUACCUGGUUUUCUCCUGAUAUUUAACUAAAUUCAGAUUGGCUUAGUUAAAAUUGUCUUUAUUUGUGUUUUGUAUUGAGUUUGUGUAUUUUAUAACACAUCUCACUUUUUUUCAUAAAGUAUUAUGUACUUAUUGAACGUCAUUCGUACUUAGUGACGUCGGAGUCAUCACUAUGAACUUGGGCGCAUAGUGUGUACGUGUAAUGUUUCCUUUUAAUAGUUAAAUGGUUCAUUAUUCUGAUUUACCGUACAAUUAUUUGCGUGCGGGUGAUUUCUUGUACCGCGGUGUUGAUUACGAGGUACAUAUAAUAGUUUGUGUGCACCUGCACGUCGUUAGAAUUUUUGUUUUUUUUUUUCGUUUUAUGUUUAAGCUUGUAAACUGACCACCUACUAUUAAAAUGGGAUGUUACAUUAAGUUCCAAAUUACUAGAGAUGUAUUUCUCGCCGAUAACUUUUGACAUAUUCCUAAAUAAGUGUAAAGUAGAUUAGGUUUACUAUGAUUUUUUUUUGUAGAGGGCUUGAUUCACCCGCCAUAAUUGUUAUAUAUGUAUAGCUAUGUAUGUCGUCAAGAUAUUAUAUUUCAUCAUACAUCUAUCUGAUUGAAAUAUACCUCAAAAUUGUUAAUUAGGAAAAUAGUAUCUUCGCGACAUGUGUAUCUUGAAUUACUAAUAUAUUAAUGUAUAGUUUUUUUUUUCUAGCCGAUAGUCUAUAACAGAUUGGAUUGAUUUGUGAUAUAUCGAUUUUGUACGACAAUCAUUCAUAGAAACUUUUGUAUUAUCGAAAUAGACUGUUGAUUACCUAUUUAAUAUGAAUUUAUCGGGGCCAUAAGUGAAUGUUUAAAUGUUUUGCCUAUACUAAGGCCUAGCUUCUCUACGGGCAAAUUACUAUAUCGUACGAUCAUGUAACGAACACCUUAUCACGAUUGAUUUAUUGAUUGAUUGAGAUUAACUCAAAUAUCUGAUCUGUCUGAUGAUUUAACUUAAGGCUCUGGCCACAGACUCGAAACUUAAAAUAUAUGAAUUCGGCCUAUGAAAUGUGUAUAUUCACAUGUCCUUAACUUAUUUAGUCACAAGUGUUGCAUAAAUAAAGUUGUCGAGUCUAUUGGCGACGGAGCACUAAAAUGCUAGUCUAAAUUAGCGGUGAAAUAUUUUCCGCGUAAGAUGCGGUCCAAACGGCGUCGUACAUACGAACUAAACACGUUUGUCUGCAUAAAUCUUUGCCAUGUUCCCAGCAGUUGUUUGUAAUGAUGUAGUACUGUUAACAGUUAUUGAUAAUAUUAUUUGAGGCUUUCAUAUCUAUUCAGUCAGGUGGAUGGUGCGCCGUUUUCGGCCUGAAUGAACUGGCACCACCACAGUUUUGUUGACAUAAAUACGUAACUAGGUUUGAAAGACCUCGUAUGUUUAUGUAGCUGUUUAUUAUCUCAGUUUUUUGCCGAGCUGUAAUAAAAUUAACGUUAAUUAUUAUUAAAAAAAAAACGUUUAUAUAAGCUUGUUAAAAGUAUGUCGUGAACAUUGAAAAAUAUUAAAAGGGAUUUUUAUAAGUUUGUUAAAAUGGUAUACUUAAUGAUAUUCGUAAAACUAUAUUCUGUAUAAAAUUUUGUAUACCAACAUUUUCUUACCUUAGUGAUCCUGAAAUUUUUGUUCAUUAAAGUUUAUUUAUUUGAAGAGAAAGUUAAAAUAAACAGUUCUUCAUUA